UGUUAGGUUAAGCCAGGAUGUGGUUCUCUAUGGGUUAGGUUGCUCCAAUUUUGUUAAUGUUAAGUAACCGUAUUGUAAAAGUUUCAAAUUUUUAGGGAUAAAGUAAAACACAAUAUUUAUUUAAAAUUAUUCUGUACCUUUAUCAAUAAAAUAAAUUAUCACUGUAAUCGGUAGUAUUAAAAACACAAAUAAUGAGAACGAUAAAAAAUGCACAAAAAUAUUCAACAAUUAUAGUGAACUUUUAUUUGUGAUAAGAAUUUUUAGAAGACACCAAGGAAUGUACCAAUUCUACAUCGCAGUGUUUAAAACAUAAUCUAUAUACAGAAAAACAAAAACCUUGAUUCAUUUAUGUGAAGUGUCUUAAGUGAUUUAGUUGUCCAAUAACGAAAAUUAAUAAGUGAAUUCUAAUAUGAAUAGUAGCAAUAUUGAAUCAGGUAUUCAAUUAUUUUCAAGAGUGAAUAAAAAACAAUGUUUAGAAGGCAUAAAUCCUAAAUUCUUUCCAGAUGGAGGGCCCCUACCUAAUCAAAUUAUAGAAAUCACGGGAGGCCCAAAAGUAGAGAAAACCGAUUUAUUGAUAGACUUUAUUGUUAAAUGUAUUUUACCAAACAAACGUCCAGAAUGGAAAUCAUCGGGAGCCGUGUUAAUUUUAUGUGAACAUCAAAUAAACAUGUUCAAGAUUAUUAAAGUUAUUGAAACUCAUCUAAAAAAGAAUAAUGUGGCAGAUCCAACGAAGGAUAUUUUGAAAACUUGUUUAAAGAAUCUGUCGAUAUUCAACUGUUAUAGUGCCGAAGAACUAGAUUUAACAAUUAUGAGCUUGGAAAGGUUCAUUUUAGCAAAAGACAAUAUAAGUUUGAUUGUUAUAGAUAACAUCACCAGUUAUUAUUGGUUAGCAAAAUUGAAUUGUAACAUGUUGAGUUACUAUCAACAUGCUAUGAAGAUUUUCCAAAAAGUUUAUAGUGCAAUAAGAAAUUUAAACGUUCUGUUAAUUUAUGGAAGAAGUGAUAAGAUAAACAAUGGUAAUAAGAAAGGUUUCCAAAAUAUAGAUUAUAGAAUAGAUAUUCAAGAUGGUGAGAAUGAGUGUUCAAAAGCUUGCCUAAUGGAUUUUGAGAAAGAAAAGAUGAUUAAUGUCAACUUGAGAAAAGAUAUAAUUUUGGAAUUUAUUUGAAUUUUUAAAGUUAUUUUUGUUCCUUGUUAUCAUUAAAUCAAUUUUAUAUUAUACACCAGCAACUCCCGAUUUUCUUAAUCCUUGACUUAAAAGUCAGGGGCGGAUCCAGGGAAGGGAGAUCCUCUCAAGCAGAUCAUGUUGGUACAAAAAAAAAUAAAUAAAUAAAAAUGGAAGAAUCAACCUCGGUUUAAACUAAUAUUAAUUUAUUUAUAAAUCAAUAUAAUUAUUCACAAUGCUGAUAAUAUUUGGUGACUUUUUUGUAAUUCUUGGCUGUCACUACCUCAACACAUAUCUCUGGAUUCGCCCCUGAAAAAAGUUAUAUUUCUAUAAUAAACUGGUAGUUUAGUACCUCAAUAGAACGCGCUGUACCCAAUAUACUGGUACCCCAGUACCUCAUUUGGCGAGAGUUGCUCCCUUUUGCGUUUUGGAUUAUAAUAUAGGAAUUAUUUUCCAUAUCUAGCAUUCAAAAAAUUGUUCUGUAAAGUGACGUUUUGAUUUCGGCCCCAGGUAUAACCUUAGGAUGCUCGACUCAUUACAGAGUUGACCAGAAACUUGGAUAGCUUAGAGCCUUUAGCAUAAGAAGAAAAAACACAUGGGUUAUGAUGAAUCGGUUGACUUUGUUCUCUUCAAAUUGAUUAUAAGGACCCAAAUACCUACUGUAAAUAUUCUUGGAUGGUCCACCAUGGUUUUUUCAUUAUCUUACAUUUUCCCCUUACAUUCCCCAGUUGUGUGAAUUUGGCAAAAAUAAUAACCUAGGUAUAAUCCAGUGAUACCAAAAUAAAGAUAUAAGAAACAUUGUUAAUGCUUAGAUUUCAAAAUGGAUUUAGACUAUAAAAAAAUUUGCCAAGAGUCACAAGGAACAGCUGUGUGAACCUGACUAGAAGACUCAAGAGAACUAAACCUUCCGAGCUUCUUUUAACAUUGUGUUAAUGUAAAAGCAGUGCUGUAGAUUCAUUUCGUCUUUACAGCUACUCUGGACCAUCUCUAGAAGAUAUUUUAUGCAAGACUCUACAUCUCAUCUCCGUGCUUCCAAAAUACGUAAGACUCCUCUCAAAGGAGGUAAAUUUUUUGGAUUGUUCGUGUCCCAUUUCCCAAAAUGUUAGUACUACUCCUUCAAGGUACUAAAACCUUUUAGUGAAAUGGGUAAGACAUUCGCAGAGUAUAUGUUCCGCUGUUUUCAUGAAUUUCUUCCAGAAUCUGCACUCUGACUUGCCUAUUCUCAAGCUGAUUGACGGAUUAUUUAUUAUUUAAUUCAAAUGAUGGGAAAUUAACUGAAUACACUAAUAGAAUACUUAUAAUUCGAAGAAAUGUUUGAUAACUUAGUCCCUGGUCAAGAGUGAGGUUCUUAUUGCAUUUGUUUGGGUUUUCACAAACUUAAUGAGUUUUUAUGUAAAAUUUUUUUUUGAACAAAUAAAAUUAUUUAAUAAAAAAAGUUUAUUGGUCGCGUCCAAAUUUGUCCUAACAUUUAAUAAUAACAUAUUUACAAUAAAAACUUUCGAUACAAAGUUGAAUUAAAUAAAAUACCUAACUACUAACAGGAUAAUCUGAAAUAAACCAUCAUCUGAAGGUAAAACUUUCCAAUAUUUUAAAAAUAAAUAUAGUUCCAUUGUUGUCUUAUUUUAUUCCAGAUCAACCUGUAUAUUAUUUACAAAAAAAAUAACUGUUAAUGUAACAAUGUUCAAUUUCAACCUACAAUAACUUUUAUCGAAUUAAAAGUUCUUUUUAGAUAUAAAAUUAAAUAUUAUUGCAUUAUCAGUAAAUUCAAGUUGAAUACGUUCCGAUCCACAAUAUUCAAAUAUUUAUAUGUAUAUACAAAAUAAUUACAAAAAAAUAUGUACAAAAUUUUUUACAAAGUAAAAAAAUCAUCCAUUCGAAUUACACUAAUUUAAAACAGCCUUAUCCACAUAUAAAUUGGUGACCUGAAAUAUUUUAAAUAUGUACAAUCGUCUAUUUCCCUUUAAUCGUGUCACAACGUCUGUAGAACAACAGAUAGGGAACCCUGCUUCCCUGCGGUUUCAAGACAUGCUCUUCCUGAACUGUUUUCACCGAAGCAUCGUCAUACCUCAACCAACAGUUGUAACCAACGUGAAAGGCAUCAGUUACGUAAUGACCUUUCGUAGCCUCUUUACCGUCAUGGUAAACUACUGCAAACAAUUUGUACUGUCUUUCUUUUUGAUUUUGUUGUUUAGAAGCUAGUAAUUCUGAAAUGGAAUUUUAAAAUAUCAAUUGUUACUGCAGGUAUUUUUAAUGACAAAUAAAUAUUUAUUUACUUAUCGUUAA